UAUCAUUCCCGGGCCUCUUGAACAGGGUGGAGCCAACUCAGGAAGACUGCUUCCCUCUGCUGCCUGUAUGCUGUCAGCUUCCACGUCGUCUUAAGGUCACUAAAGUCCAAGAGGCCUCCUGGGAAUGUGUCACCUUCCAACGUGGAGUCACACUGGGGAGGAGGCGGGGAGAGAGGGCUGGAGGGGCUUUAAAUGAGUGGCUGGCCUUGCCUGCAGUCAAAUCACAACAACACAGGCGAACUGUUUCUUCUGACUCUGGGAAACAUCCAGUGUAGCUGAGACUGUCCCAGCCCAGUGAGAAGCCCAGGAUGUUCCUGAAGGCUGCGGUGCUGACCCUAGCCCUGGUGGCCAUCACUGGCACCCGGGCUGAGGUCACUUCGGACCAGGUAGCCAAUGUAAUGUGGGACUACUUCACCCAGCUAAGCAACAAUGCCAAGGAGGCUGUGGAACAACUUCAGAAGACAGAUGUCACUCAGCAGCUCAAUACCCUCUUCCAGGACAAGCUUGGGAACCUUAACACCUAUGCCGAUGGCUUGCACAACAAGCUGGUGCCCUUUGCCGUACAGCUGAGUGGGCAUCUAACCAAGGAAACGGAGAGGAUGAAGGAAGAGAUCCAGAAGGAGCUGGAGGACCUACGUGCCCGCAUGAUGCCCCAUACCAACAGAGUAAGCCAGACAUUCGGGGAAAGCAUGCAGAAGUUGCAGGAGCACCUGAAGCCCUAUGCCGUGGACCUGCAAGCUCAGAUCAACACACAGACCCAGGAAAUGAAGCUCCAGCUGGCCCCCUACAUCCAGCGCAUGCAGACCACGAUACAGGAGAAUGUGGACAACCUGCAUACCUCGAUGACCCCCCUUGCCAAUGAGUUAAAGGACAAGUUUAACAGGAAUGUGGAAGAGCUCAAGGGGCACCUAACCCCCCGUGCCAACGAGCUGAAGGCCACAAUUGACCAGAACCUGGAGGAGCUGCGCCGCAGCCUGGCCCCUCUAGCAGUGGGUGUGCAGGAGAAACUCAGCCAUCAGAUGGAGGGCCUAGCCUUCCAGAUGAGGAAGAAUGCGGAGGAGCUCCAGACCAAGGUCUCUGCAAAUAUCGACCAGCUGCAAAAGAAUCUGGCCCCGCUGGUGGAAGAUGUGCAAAGCAAGCUGAAGGGCAACACAGAAGGGCUGCAGAAAUCUCUGGAAGACCUGAACAGGCAGCUGGACCAGCAGGUGGAGGAGUUCCGGCGCACUGUGGAGCCCAUGGGGGAGAUGUUCAACAAGGUUCUGGUGCAGCAGAUGGAGCAGUUCAGGCAGCAGCUGGGUUCCAAUUCGGGGGACGUGGAAAGCCACUUGAGCUUCCUGGAGAAGAGCCUGAGGGAAAAGGUCAGCUCCUUUAUGAGCACCCUGGAAAAAAAGGGGAGCCCAGACCAGCCUCUAGCCCUCCCCGUCCCAGAGCAAGCCCAAGAACAGGUCCAGGAGCAGGUGCAGCCCAAACCUCUGGAGAGCUGAGCUGUCCCUGGUGCCCUCAGCCCAUUGCAGCAGCAGACACCUGCCCUGCCCCACCACCUGUCUGUCACUCUGUCCCCAAGCACUUCUUGUACCAGCUUGAGGACACAUGUCCUGUGGGAGAUGAUGCCUCAUCUCACUACUCAAUAAAGCAACUGAAAAAUUAGCC